AUGGCUUCCAAUUCCUUCAUGCUCGUCUUCCUUUGCGUCCUUGUUACCUUGUUCAACUUUGCAACCACUACUAAAGCACAGGACAAGGUUUAUUUUGUUUCCCAAAAUUGCGGUGCAAACAAAGCCACUGCCAACAGCCCCUACGAAAAGAACCUUAAGACCCUUCUCUCUUCCUUAUCUUCCAACGCCACUACAACCUUAUUCUACAACAACACAGUCCUCGGCAGCACAAACACUACCUCUGACACAGUGUACGGUCUAUUCAUGUGCAGGGGUGAUAUACCCCUUCGCCUCUGCAAAGAAUGCGUGGCGAACGCAACCGAGAAACUAUCUUCAGACCAAAGCUGUUCUCUUUCGAAACAGGCUGUGAUGUGGUACGCUGAAUGCAUAGUUCGGUAUUCCAACGUCGGCUUCUUCUCCACCGUGGCCACAUCUCCCGAAUAUUCUUUGUAUAACCCGAACAACAUCACCAACAACUCAACAAACAGUUUCAUGAACUUUUUGUCCAACACCAUGAACCAAACUGCAGAAGCAGCAGCCAAUUCUGCUAAAAGGUUCUCCACAAAGGAAGCAAACUUGUCUCAGUCUCAGACCCUUUACUGUCUGGCUCAGUGCACAGAAGACCUGUCCCCCCAAAACUGCACAACCUGUCUUGCGCAAGCAAUACGUGAGCUUCCAAUAUGUUGUUAUGCAAAACAAGGAGCAAGAGUAGGGUUUCCCAGUUGCAAUGUUUGGUAUGAACUGUACCCUUUCUACGGCCUCAUCACGGAUCAGACUCCAAGUCCAACCAGUACUCCUCUUCCUCCUCCUCCAUCAUCAUCAUCAUCGGGUUUUUCCUAUUAUGAUCAAGAUAACUAUUAUUGUUGA